AUGCGUAGCUUCACUCUUGCCCUGGCCACGGCGCUGCCAUUUUGUUCGGCCCAGCUCCACCUCGAAGCGAAGAAAGCUGGCCUCAAGUACUUUGGCGCAGCCACAGACUCGCCUGGACAACGUGAGAGAGCAGGCUUGGAAGCUUCAUAUGCACAGUAUGAUGCUAUACUGAGGGACAACAAUGAGUUCGGCCAGACAACCCCCACCAACGGCCAGAAGUGGCUAUUCACCGAGCCAGAGCAAGGCGUAUUCAAUUUCACUGAAGGCGACAUUGUCACGUCCAUUGCACAGGAGAAUGGCUUGAUACAACGUUGUCAUGCCUUAGUCUGGCAUAGCCAACUGGCGCCGUGGGUCGAGUCGACUAAUUGGACUGCUGAUGCUCUGAGGGACGUCAUCGUCAACCACGUUACCAAGGUGAUGGAGCACUACAAAGGAAAAUGCUACGCCUGGGACGUUGUAAACGAAGCUCUCAAUGAGGAUGGUACCUAUCGGGAAUCAGUCUUCUACCAGACUCUUGGAGAGGAAUAUCUGAAGCUGGCAUUCAGCACGGCGGCAAAGGUCGACCCUGAUGUGAAGCUCUACUACAAUGACUACAAUCUGGAAUCGCCAGGCAACAAGAGCGAGGGCGCAGUUCGUAUCGUCAAGUUGCUCAAAGAUAGUGGCAUCAAAAUCGACGGUGUAGGACUUCAAGCCCACCACGUUGCAUCUCGGCCUCCUACCUUGGAUCAGCAAAUCGCAGUCAUCCAGUCCUACGCUGCAUUGGGAGUAGAAGUCGCCUACACGGAAUUGGAUGUCAGAGUCGAGCUUCCUUUGAAUUCCACGAGCCUGGAGUGGCAGAAACAAGCCUACAAAAAUGCCGUUGGCGCCUGUGUACAAAGUCCUGCAUGUGUCGGUAUUACCAUCUGGGACUUCUAUGACCCCUUCAGUUGGGUCCCGGCAGUAUUCCCGGGUGAAGGCAAUGCUCUGCUCUGGUUCGAAGACUUCAGCAAGCACCCGGCCUACUAUGGCGCCAUCGAGGCCUUGAAGAACAAGACCGGCGGCCACACUUGCAAGCCAAAGGCGCGCCGUUCAAGAGAUGCAGUCAGGAGCAAUAGACUCUACGAGUAG